GCUAUUCUUGCAUCCUACUUUCCUUCUGCACAGCUUUGAAACAGUCGACGUCAUUUCUCUCGCGCUGUUUGACUUGCUUCCUUUUCUUUUAGGCUUCUUAAGGCCUACGAACCACUGUGAAGCAGUUUGCAUUUGUGGGCGUGCUCGUUUUUCGUCAGUCCACUUUGCAGCUGUAGCGCGACACUCCCUCUCCAGCGCCCUUCAGCCUAUGCCGGCUUGUGCUUUGGAACUCGACACUGCUAUGGAAUAGGAUUCUGGCGGUUCAGGAGCGUCGCCGUGGAGUUGGCGACAUUUUGCUUGUCGGCAUUUUAACAUCUCGGCGAGCACCACACUUCACCAGCUUGGAGCAGGCGGCGUAUCAACCUUUGUGGUUGGUCAUUUGCAUCCGCGCGUGCAGCAGGGUGCUUUGGGUGUGGCGGUCGGGGGAGCCCUGCAGCACUUAGCUGUUUUUUUGGGGUGUGGCUCGUCUUCGUGCCCUUGUUGCCUGGCGCCCGGCUGCCUGGCGCCCGCCCUGCUGUGAUGCCCUGUGAGUGCUGAUCUUGGGUAGCUAUGCAGUUGCUGGGUGAUCCUGAGGGCGAGCAGCUGUCCUCAGCCGGCGUCCGGGAGGUGACCAGUGCUGCCCUGUCAGUGCUGGACACCAUGUGCAGGCAGGGCAACCAGCCGCAGCUCUUGCAGGGUCACUCUCUGCACAGCACAACACAGCAGGCGGGGGAUUCGGGGCCCCAGCCGGCGGCACAGUCGCGGCUGGCGGAGCGGGAGGCGGAGUGGCAGCGUGCAGCGGCGCAGCUGACCACCACGGCGGCGCAGCAUUUCCACAAUAACCCGGUGGCUCUGGACCCCUGGCUUCACCGCACCUCUGCGGCAGCCGGGCUGCAGAACACGCCGGCGAGAGAACUGCAGUCGUAUGCGUCCCCGUCCCAGCAGUCGGCUUAUGCGCAGGCGAGGACGUGGCUGCAGCAGCUGUGGGCCUGCGUUGCGCCCCAGGCAGCGGCGCCGCCAGUGACGGAUGCGGGCUUCAUGCUGGGGGACCGCAUGGGUAUGUGGGCCUCAGGCCCGCGGGGGGCGGGCGCGCUGCUGUGGAGCACUUUGCGGGCCACCUUCUUGUACGCCGUCUGGUGUGCGUACUGGUCCCGCGAGCCUGCUAAGCAGACGUCGGAGCAUGUGGUUCGGGAGGUGGUCAGCGAGCUGCGCAGGGUGAUGCAGCUGCGUUUCACUGCCGCCACGCUAACCCCUGAAACCCUGUCGGCUCUGCCCACUCAGCUUCUCACCGCACAGCUCAAGGCGGCUAAGCUGGAGCACUUUGUUGCCAUCUGGUCGGCGGGUGGCGCGCUUUGUGAAGUGGAGGAGGUUCAGGGCCGCCCCUCCCGCACGUUUGCGGGGCUGGCCUUCAGCCGGCGCGCGACCAGCGCAAGCAAAGCAGCCUUCACAGCGGAGCUCAUGCGCAAGUCGCCGCUGGCGGUACCGCUCCAGCGCGGUCAGGCUGUCCUCACGGUUCACGUGCCAGUGGACACCCGGCCCAUCAUUCCGGGCACCUACACCGUCACGGUCAAGAUGGCGGGCGGCUAUCCCACCACCUCGGACCCCUCUAACCUGGCGUGUGCUUAUGUGGUCUCAGAGCAGUGCGCCAAAUCGGUGGGCCCCAAGGGGGAGCCCCAGGCCCCCGCGGGCCAGGGCAUCACCAACCACAUCUUUGCCUGUGUGCGGGGCCCCAUCUGGGACCCGCAGCUCUCUCACCUGCACUGUGCCAAGUUUGAGAUGCCCGGUGAGGAGCCCAUGCAGGUGGAGGUCCGUGGCGCCCCCCAGGCGGCUGGGACAGCCACGACAGCUGCGGCAGGCAGCCCUGCUCCGGCUGCAGCCGGGGUCGCCGACCUGGGUGGCAACACCUUGGGUGGGGGGAUGCCCGCGGCUGCCAUGGCGACCGCAGCGGACAUCGUUGACCACGUAGGGGACGUGCAGAUGCAGGAGGCGGUAACUCAUCACUCGCUGCCCAGCCACGAUGCGUGCCCCCCCAGUAACCCUCCGGCAGUCGCUGACGGCCGAGCUCAGACCGCCGCGCUUCCUGAGCUGUAAACUUACUUUAGUAAUGUAGUUGCAUGUAGUGUAUGCUUCCUGAGCAUAGGAAUGCACCUGAGCAGCUGGCUGUGUCGACCGAAGCAGCAAUGAACCCCCCCGGUCACUACUGUCACUUGGCGCAUGGCUUUAGCGGUUGAUAUCAAUAGUCUGUUAUGCAUUUAGAGUACUUGUCCCAGAAAUUCGGGCUUUUCGGGUGUCUCAGAGAAAGUGGUCGAGCGUCCCCCGGCCGGGGGACGCAAACCCAUCUUCGUCAACUCGUUGACUUGUGUAAAUUAACUUGGCC